GCCGGCACAAAAUGGCGGCGGGGUCCCGCCCGGCGGAACAUGGCGCCUCCCCGGCCCUCGCAGGGCGGAAGUGACGCGCCGGCCGCGCGCCCCGGCAGGCGGUUGCGAGAUGGCGGCGUCCGGGGCCGCCGUUACGGUCACCGUCACCUACAGCAAUGAAAAACACAGUAUUCAGGUUGCUUCACCACAGGAAGAUAGUGAACCUACACUACAAGACAUGGCUCUACUUAUUGAACAAGUCACUGGUGUCCCAGUUCCUUUUCAGAAACUUAUAUACAAAGGAAAGUCUCUGAAAGAAUUGGAACAACCAUUGUCAGCACUUGGUGUUAAAAACGGUUGCAAAGUCAUGUUGAUUGGAAAAAGGAACAGUCCAGAAGAAGAGGCUGAAUUAAAGAAGUUAAAAGAUCUGGAGAAGUCAGUGGAGCAAAUAGCUAAUAAGUUAGAGGAAGUUAAUAAAGAGUUCACAAGUAUCCAGAAGGGAUUUUUGGCAAAGGAUCUGCAAGCAGAAGCUCUAAAACAGCUUGACAAGAGGAUAAAAGGAACUGCAGAGCAGUUCAUGAAGAUCCUGGAGCAGAUUGAUGCCAUUAAUCUGCCAGAGAAUUUCAGUGAUUGCAAACUAAAAAAGAAAGGGUUGGUGAAAAGGGUUCAGGCUUUUCUUGCCCAGUGUGAUACCAUUGAAGGAAAUAUCGGACAAGAAAUGGACAAGCUACAGUCAAAGAAUUUGGCACUGGUGGAAUGAGGAGCAUUACCCUGCAUAAUUAGGAAACAUAAUUGCUCUGUGAGCAAGAAGAAAAGUUUGCUCUUUGUUUUGGAGCACAUAUUCAGCUUGUUUUUUUUCUUAAAGCUCAGUCUGUUAGACUGGUACUAGUCAAUCAUUUCUUGCUGGUUGUCUUGUUUGCCGCUUGGUUAGACCUAUUAUUUUGAAAAGAAAAUCCUUCCUGAAGAAUUGCACAAGUAAUCUUUGUGGUGAAUUGUUAUGUAUCGUAUGGACAAUUGUUUACUUAACUAUGUUACAACGUUUGCAAUGAUGGGCAAUAUUUUCUGAUGUCUUUGAAUUUAUUACAGCUCAAAUCAAAGAAGGUCUAUAACCAUACAAGUGCCAUAAGUUGCAAUUUUAGGGCUUCAGCUCGAUGGGAAAAGGCAAACUGAGACAACAUCUAGGAAAGUUCAAUGUUGGACUGGUAGGCAGUUCAGAGCAAUAAAAAAAAAACCCUACACAUUUGUAUUUACUUAAUGUUUGUAUGCAUUUAUAAAUAUAAGAAAGCUUGACUAUAAGGGAGUCGUACCUAUUUUAGCCUUAAAUUGUCAAAAUAAAUGGAAUGUACUGUAACAUGUAUGGUACUUAAUUUUGAGUGGUGCUUUAAGUUGUACUGAGCUCCUUGAUACAGGUGUAUGUUUUUUACAUGGAUUUCUGAUUUACUGUAUUUUUUAUAGCUUAUUUUUAUUGGUUGUUCCUUCUUGAGUUGUGGUAGAAAGUGAAAUGAGGUCACUUGUGCUGCUCAAACCUGAAGGGUUCCGUUAAAACAAGGUGUAACUAAGGGGCUAUUUUGAAAUGUUCUUUUUCUACUUUUUUUUUUUCUGGUUUCAGUGAAUUCAUGAUGCUAAUGGAAAAAAUGCAGUGCUUAUUUCUAGUCUGUUAAGGUAAUUAGUGAUUUUUGUAGGAUUUUACAAGGUGACACAACUUUAUUUUAGCAGUGCCAUGUGACUGAAGUUACGUCUGAUUCUCCUAGUCAGAUAUGUGCCAAGCUUAGCCUUCUCUGUUAGGUGAAAAAUAAGCUUUUGCUGGAGAUGGUGGCUUUCAGCGGGGGCAGCCAACUUUGUUUGCAGUUGUCGGUCAUAGCUAACACCUCUAGUGGGAGUUGCUUUUUCCCUGCUGAUUCUGAUAGGUAAGUCAGUCAUGUACACAGUAUAGACUGUAUGUAGCCUAUUUCUGUGAAAGAAAAAAAGAGCUCCUUCAUCUCAUGCCUUUAGAUAGUAAGUUUUUUAUCCAUAUAGGCAGCUACAGGGUUAGCUAUCCUUACAAGGUAAAAACAGAAAACAUGUAAAAAAAAAAAAGUUAUAAAUCUAAAAGUAUUUGCUUGGUGUUUGUAAUCAAAAGGACAUUUUAGUGAAAAAUGCCAUUGGAUGAAUGAAGAAAUAGCCGUGCAUUAAAAAGGAACUUGCUCAUUUAGAACUGGUAUUCUAAAAAUGCCUUUUGACCAUACCAGAAUGGAGUUUUCAUAUUCUUACUGUUAACCAGUUUCUAGAAGACUCUACUUCUUCCAUUUGAAACUCUAUUCUCAGCAUCUGUGGAAGAUAUUAAGGUCUAAAUUCCUUGUGAGCUUCCUUACCUUAAGCUAGGACAUGAUCAGGCUGUGUAUUUUUUCCUAGGGCUGCUAGUCUGGUCAUGUUCUAUUCUCCCAGUUAUUUUCCUAUAACUUCAGGGUUACAAGGCAGAACAGUUGUAAACCAUGUUUGUGAAGCCCUGGCUUCUUGCUGCUUCUGGGCCAGCUGACUCUAAAACCACCAGCACCGUAGUUGCUUGAAUCAGGGGAUGCAAAAUUAGCCACUUUCUUGUGAUGGAAGGGAUCCUCACCCUCUCAAAUAUGUGUGCGCUCCAACACAUUGAAAUUUCACAGGUACAUGUCCAUAAAGCAAAGAAUUCUCUUCUGCUAUCAAGAGAACUGGGAGCUGUGGUGAUGGUUAGGACUCUGUCCGUUUCUGCUGCUGAUGAUAUUUUUCUCUUGGGUGAGGACAUGAUAUUUUCUUCUGGAUCAUUCCAUCAAUGGAAAAGGCUACUGACUUCAGCCUUUUCCUGACUUCCAUCUCUCCUGCCCAGAAAUUGCUGCUCCUGGAGGUGUGCUGGUGUGAGUACAUCCUCAACCUGUCUCAAAACCAGAUGGGAUAACCCAAAGAUUUUUACAUAGCAGAUCUUUUAAUAACUUGCUACUUUGAGGCAAAAAAAAAAAAAAAUAGGAUGAUGACUCUCUCUCACCAGCACAUCUGGAUUCAGCAAAGGGUGGUGGUUCUGAGCUGGAGACCCUAUAUGGUCUAAGGUAUGUUCCCACUCACUCUGCCACCUAGACAUACCGUGAUACCAGCUUGCUGCCGGAUUCAUCCCCGCGCCCCCAGCCACCCCCCUCACCACCUCAGAAGGCAGAUGAGUUGCUCACCUUGGCGCUGCUUAGCCUCUUGUCUUCCUGCAGUUGCUAUUGCUUUGGCUCACCUCGGAUUUGCCAUUCGGGCACAAUGUCGUGCCAUGAAGUUUGUCUUAGAAAAUGGAUGUUGAGUCCCACAGCUCCCUGUAGGCCGUGAUGUGAGACAUCCCCGGGGCUGUGGAGCCAUCAGCUGAGAGAUGGCUGGCUCUGUGACAACAGCAGGAAAUAGCUAUUUUUUUGUACUUUUUGGUGAAAUUCUCAGUGAGCAAGUUCUGGCAGUGAUAUUGUAAGCCUGGAGUAAUGCUUCUUGGUUUGUGGGCUUUUUUUUUUGUUUUUUUGAUGAUCAGUCAUGGUUUGGGGUGGUAUGCUUGACACCACGGAACUCGGGACUGGAGUUUUUAGUUAACUUAUUUUAUUGUACUAUGGUAAAUAAUAAAAUACAGAAAGUGCUCUGCU